AUUAAGUAGUGUUGAAAUCUCUCUCUCUCUCAAUUUACAAACAAGGAGGAGCUGAGAAUCUCCGGGGUUUCUCUUGGAUCCUGCUCCUCAAAUAUAAAGCUCCCCCCAUGAUCAUCAUCCACCAGGAAAGACUGAAUCAUAAGUCACUAGAAGGAACACAGCUCAUGUGCGCGCUCUGCUCACACCUGCCUGCAGCCUGUAGCUCCACUGAUCCACGGCUGGAUUUUCCUUUUUUUUUAAAAAACCCGCUGAAGUUGUUGCGCACAUUUCAUUUUGUAUUAUUAUUAUUUAUUCCCCCCUUCAGUGUCGCGCGUAAUCAGACAGAGCGCAACUUAGUCCAAAAGAAAGUGUGAGGCGCAUCUCAAGUUUUUGGAGCGCGCAGAUGGCAGCCCUCAUCAGCGCGUACUCGUCGUGGCCGGAGUCCUUCGAGUGUCCUCCCGGAGACGUGGACGUGACCGACGUUCACGGUCCGCACAGGAACCCCGCGGACAAGACGCCGGAGCCGCGGAUCAGGCGGCCAAUGAACGCGUUCAUGGUCUGGGCCAAAGAUGAGCGCAAACGGCUGGCGGUGCAAAAUCCGGACCUGCACAACGCAGAGCUCAGCAAAAUGUUGGGGAAAUCAUGGAAGGCCUUGACUCCCACGCAGAAGAGGCCCUACGUGGAGGAAGCAGAGAGGCUCCGGGUUCAGCACAUGCAGGACUACCCUAACUACAAGUAUCGGCCUCGCCGGAAGAAGCAGCUGAAACGCAUCUGCAAGCGAGUGGACCCCGCCUUCCUCCUGAGUGGACUGGCGCCUGACCAGAACACGCUGCCUGAGCAGCGAGUCCUCUGUCACCCCCCUGACAAAGACGAGACCAGCCCUAAUUGUGUCAACGGCGGGUUUUCCAGUCCCAGCCCGGCUCUGCCCAGCGUCAGAAGCUUCAGAGACCCUGCGGGUUCCAACAGCAGCUUCGACACCUACCCCUACGGUCUGCCCACUCCUCCUGAGAUGUCCCCCUUAGAUGCCAUGGACCACGAGCACGUACCCCCCUCCUACUACUCAGCGUCUGGCAGCUCCUGUCCAGACGAGCACCAUCAGAACCAGACACACAUUGGCAGCCCGCCCCCUUACCACACUGACUACACCCAAAUCCACUGUGGAGGCACACACAUAGCUCACAUCUCUCACAUGUCCCAAACUGGAGGCGGCACUGGACUGAUCCCCGGCCCUCCGCUGUCAUACUACAGUACCUCGUCCUUCCCCCAGAUUCACCACGGGCUUCACCAGGUUCAUAUGGGUCAGCUGUCCCCCCCACCAGAGACACACGGCCACCUGGAGACUCUAGACCAGCUGAGCCAGGCUGAGCUGCUGGGAGAGGUGGACCGCAAUGAGUUUGACCAGUACCUGAACUCUACAGGGGCCGGGUACCACCCGGAGCAGGGCGGCGGCGGCGGUGGCGGCAUGACUGUGACUGGACACAUCCAGGUGGCUUCAGCCGCCACAGUGUCUGCCACCGUGUGUCCCAGUAGCAGCACAGAAACCAGCCUCAUUUCUGUGCUGGCCGACGCGACAGCGGCCUACUACAACAACUACGGCAUCUCAUAAGCUAAGUUCAGACACUACAGCUAUAAAAAUGGGUGCAGACACUUGGGGAUAACGUUGCACUUGGCCGCUGAUACGGGGAACGAUCUCAUUAUUAGCAUCUAUCGGCAACUUUAUCCCACCAUGAUUAAAAAAUAAAAAACUGAUUACUGAGCAAUAUGAUUGUCUGGAGCCGAGGACAGAGCAAAGAUCAAUUGGAGGAACAUGAAGAAAGGGAGAUGGACACCUCAGGGAUGCAGACUCAAACUAAAGUAUGCCACCUCCAGUUGUUGUGAAGUUUCCAAACCAGAUGAACAAUCGUAAAAAAAAAUAAAAUAGAAACACUUGUCGUCCACUUGUAAAUGUCACCACUUAACUGUUGCCGCUGUUGUACAGAUGCUCUCGAUGCUAAUUUAAGUCCUUUGAUGUUUCACACUAAAAUGCUAACUGUAAUGCUUAUUAUCGACGCUUUCCACUCGAAUGUUUGUAUUGUUAUUAUUAUGUUCUCACUCCCACUAGUGUGGGAGUCUUACCUCAGUAGUUGUAAUUGAAUGAGGUCGUAGUUGGACAUUUCUUAUGCAAUUUAACAUCGUGUAUUAUGACGAGAAAAAAAAAGACGUUUAUACUUCUCCAGUACUUAAUAAUAUAUAUAUAUAUAUAAUCAUAACCUCUAGGAUGAAAAAUAAUAAUGGUAACUAAAAGUGUAUGCUGAUUUAGGUUUGUGACGGACAAUAAUUUAAAAUAAAGGUCAAAUUUUUUUUAUAUUAUUGCAAGUCUCCUCGGAUAAUGUGCCCACAGAUUCACGUUCACACUUAAAAUCCAACUGAAUAAAAACAAUAAAACAAAGUAGGGCUCUAAUAGAAUGUGGAAAACGUGGUGUGCUGCUUGUCCAUCUUGGAAUCCAGUGGCACGCUAUUUUUUCCUCUAUUUUUGGGCUCCGUGUCCCUCUACUACUGCAAGUGGCCCAUUAUGACACUGCUCGCUUUUUCCACCCUCCAUCACAUCAUCCUUCUUCAUCCGGCUCCUCUCGCUUUCAAUUCAUCCCGGGCUUCAGAGGAUUAGUGUAAAGGAGGCACAGCCGGCGCCACCCGCCUCCAUCUCAAACCGUCCUUUGUUUUCCUGGAGUCUUAUUCUGGAUGCCAUUCUUACGCUCUCUGAACACUCCCCCCCCCACCACCACCACCACCCCUUCAUCCCAUGUUAUAUCUUGCUGAUG